AAGAGAGAUCAGACAAGUGUGCAGCUUUCCAUCCUCCUCCUCCUCCUCAUUCCUGCUGGCUUCGGAAAGGGAAAAACAAGGGGGGGGGGGGUUGAGGAUGAUGACUCAGAGGGAUCCUCCUCCUAAAGGGAGCAUCAUCGGGGGCCCCUUCCUCCUUUCUUUCUCCCUCCAUCCAUCCAUCCAUCCAUCCAUUCCUCUGGCCCCAUCUCCGUCUUGCGCUGUCUGGAGAGGCAGACACAACAGCCACCAUCGCAAGGAAGCAAAGCCCCCCUCCGAUGAUCCCUGCAGGGAGCCAUGGAGCUUCACCCCCCGCACACCUGUGUGGUGGCCGUGGUCAUCGUCUGCACCAUGGGAGCCAUGGACGUCUACCUGGUGGAGCAGAGUGCUGGGGCCCGUCGGCUGGGCGUUGGAGCCCUGGCGCUGGCUGGGGACCUCUUCUUCCUGCUGGCGCUGCGUUAUGCCACGGCAUGGGUGGGUGGUGAGGCCCGGCAGGCCCAGCGGGGCUAUGCCAUGGUCCUGUGGUUCCUUUUUGCAUUCGCCUUGGAGAUCAAGCUCUACUUCAUCUACCAGCAUUACGCCACGGAGGUCCGGGUGCCUGAUCCGCUGGCCCGGCGCACCCUCACCCUUCUGCUCUCCGUAUGCAUCCCAGCGCUCUACACAGUGUUAGGAGCCGCCGAGUUGGUAGCCCAGGCUGCCGCUAGUUUUCGGAAGAAAGAUGAACUCCGUGGGCGUCUUUUUUGGGUGGUGCUGGACCUGCUGGACGUGCUGGAGAUCCAGGCCAGCUUGUGGGAACCACAAGGGCGGGUGUUGCCCUUGUGGGCCGAAGGCUUGACCUUCUUCUACUGCUACGGGCUGCUGCUCGUCCUGCCUUGCGUGUCGUUGAAUGAGCUGGGCGUGUGCGGUCCGCAGCCGGACACGCUGUACCCGCUGUUGAGCCUGGCCAGCGUCAAUGUGGCCACCAUUUUCAUCCGUGGCGGGCUGUUGCUCCUCUGCCGCGACCAGCGCAUCUCCUCCAUCUUCAUGGGGAAAAACGUCCUCGCCAUCGCGUUGAAAUGCUGCGCCGCGCUUCAGCACCAUCAGCGGCACAAGAAAGACAAACCAACCCACAGACAGAGUCCGCAGCUCCAGAGACACAUUGGAACGACAGGGGAAGUAUGUCCUGGUCACACGCCUCAAGGAUGUGCCAGACACAUCACAGACGAACAACUGCAUGUCAAAUCCCCACCCAGGCAUCUCCAGGAGGGAGAAACACAUUGCCACACGCAACCCGUAUGCCAUCAGCUCCACAGCCACUGCCCGGUCAGAGCCCAAAGUUGGCAUCAUGGACAUGCACAACAAUCCUCCCCUCGCGAUUCGGCAACUCCCGGUUCCUCCAGAGCGUUGCGCACGGCCCAGCACAUUCAGCUUAAGUCUUUAUGGAAUGGGCCAUGAAGCACCUUUCUGAUCCAGAACCUGUGCCUGGCACUCUUGGCAUCCAAGAGAAGGGCGUUAAAAGGAAAGCAGACGAAUCGGAAAAGGAGAAAUCAGAGCUGAGCUGGUUUGGAAUAUGUCGGCCGUUGCCCCUCCUCAUGGACGUGUUAGCAAUGUGUAUUACGAGAUCAUUGCUCCUAAUGCAGGAAAUGGCACCAGGCACACUAAAGCAGCGUUUCUCAACCUUCCUAAUGCCACGACCCCUUAAUACAGUUCCUCAUGUUGUGGUGACCCCCGAACAUAAUAUUAUUUUGUUGGUACUCCAGAACUGUAAUUUUGCUACUGUAAUGAAUCGCAAUGUAAAUAUCUGAUAUGCAGGAUGUAUUUUCAUUCAUUGGACCUAAUUUGACACAAAUA